ACGUUCUGAUAGACUCCCAGAAUCCUGUAGUCAACUUGCAAGGUCAGAUUUGUCAGCAAAAUGGCCGGGAGUUUGUCAUUGCUGCGAGCAAGUCUCAGAAACAUUGUGUACGUCCAAAUGCGGCGCUCCUCAGAUCAGUUGGGCGAACUGGGGAAAGGUGCUGGGAAAGGAGGUGGAGGAGGUGGAUCGAUUAGAGAUUCUGGUGGUGCUUUUGGCAAACGGCAAGCUGCAGAAGAGGAAAAAUAUUUUCGGCAAAAAGGGCAGGAGCAACUCUCUGCCCUCAAGAAGCACCAUGAAGAGGAGAUAGACCACCACAAGGAUGAAAUUGAACGUUUGCAAAAGGAGAUAGCACGCCGCAAGCAAAAAAUCAAGGAGCUCAAAGACGACGAUUAAAUUAGUGGAUAGUUGCAUCUCUAUUGUGUGUUUUCUCUGUUUGAGGUUCACUUAAUUCACAAAGAGCUUGUAUGGAUGUAAUAAAUAUAACCCUUGCUAUUAA